UGCAGCGAGGACUGUAGCCUCUACACAUGGGGCGUAACCCACUCCUGAAGUGUGGAUAGUGCCAAUUCUGGGAUCACCUGGAUAAGGAGAAGGAGCAGGCGACCCUCCUGUUGUGAACGUGUGGAUUUUUGCGCUUUCAUGAUUAUCACAGGUGACCAUGUAGAAUUUUAAUAGGCUCCCUGUGAUACAGAAAAACAUACAACAGUUAUUGCAGACUGAAGACAAGCUGAAUACUGGUUUGCCAACAACCGUUUGUCUUGGCUCCACCUUUUUUUCCCAUCCACCGAGAGAAAGCAAUGGACGAACAAAGCAAGAUGGGGAAGUUAAUUUUGUUGAUUCUUUUCUGUCACGUUUCAUCAGCAGCGAAACACUCCCUCAAGUAUUUCUUCACUGUGUCCUCUGGAGUCCCAAACCUCCCUGAGCUUGAGGUUAUCGCACAGGUUGAUGACAUUAUGGUGGGAUACUGCGACCCCGACACAAAGAUAGUAGAGGCAAAACAGGACUGGGUGAAAAAAUAUUUAGAUGACAGCCCGCAGCAGCUGGAGUGGUACAAUGCGCAGUGUUCUUAUAACCAGCCCAACCUCCUUAAAGCCACUAUUUUCCGUUUGAAGCAAGAGUUCGACCAAAGUGGAGGCGUCCACGUUUUACAGAAGAUAAAUGGCUGUGAAUGGGACGAUGAGACUGACGAAUGUAUUGGUUUUCAUCAGUAUGGUUAUGAUGGAGAAGAUAUCCUGUUUUUGAACCUGACGACACUGACAUGGAUCGCUCUGAAACCACAGGCUGUGGUCAUCAAACUGAGAUGGGACGCUGACAUGCCGAGAAUUAAUUACAAUAAGGACUUUUUAACUCGGAUUUGUCCUGAUUGGCUGAAGAAGAGUUUGGACUAUGGGAAGAGCUCUCUGCUGAGAACAGAGCGUCCCUCAGUGUCUCUCCUCCAGAAGACUCCCUCCUCUCCAGUCAGCUGCCACGCUACAGGUUUCUACCCUCACAGAGCCGUGAUGUUCUGGAGGAAAGAUGGAGAGGAUCUUCAUGAGGACGUGGACCAAGGAGAGAUCCUCCCCAACCAUGAUGGAACCUUCCAGAUGAGCGUUGACCUCAAUUUAUCAUCCAUCAAUCCAGAAGACUGGAGGAGGUACGACUGUGUGUUUCAGCUCUCUGGUGUUGAGGACGACAUCGUCACCAAACUGGACAAAGCGGUGAUCAGGACCAACGAAGAAAAGUCCAUUGACAUGACCAUCACCAUCACUGUUACAGUGGUUGUUGCUGCCCUCGUCGCCCUCAUCGCUGUGACUGUUUUCCUGGUUCGGAGGAAGAACAGAUGCACUGCAGCAGGAGUGGAUCAGCAGCAUGUUUCUGAUCUUAAAGCCCCUGACAACGGCGCUGAGCUCUCUAUGAGACUGAAUCCAGAAACCUGAGUGCCAGACACACUCAAUGAGAUGCUUCAUACAGGAAGAAAAAAGUUUCCCCUGAUAUUAUGGGUAUAUGUAUCUCAGUAACACCUUGAGGGAAUUCCUUCAGAUUUGGUACAAAUGUGCACUUGGAAUCAAGGAUGAACCAAUUAGAUUUUGAGGGUCAAAGUUCAAGGUCACGGUGACCUCACGUUCUUGCGUAUGCGAUAUAUCAGGAAGCCCAGAGGGAACUUCAGAAUUUUGUGGUCAAAGGUCAAAGGUCAACUUUACUGUGACAAAAAUCCAGUCCUCCAAUCAUUCAUGGCUCCUACAUAUAAUUCUGUCAUUUGAUCAUUAGUAAGUGUGCACACUGAAUAUGAAAAUCGAAUACUUUGCUCUUUCUUUGGUGAUGAUGUUUUGAGUUUGAUGAGAAAAUCAAUAUCAGUGUCAACUCUGAGCAGUUAGCUCCCAGACAAGUUCAGCUUAUCUUAGCUUAGCUUAGUUUAGCUUAGCUUAGUUUAGCGUGAAGGAGAAAACAGCAAACCAGUAGCUCUGUUAAAUCUUCAAAGCCAGCCGACAUGUAAUCAUCUUUGCAGUGUGCACAUGAUCAAACAGAUUCUUGUUUUAUUUUAUGUUUAUACAAUUGUUUCCAACAUUAAAAAAAACUGUACAAAACUUCUUUUCCUGCUCAAAAUGGGCUUAUAGUUAUGAUUCCUCUUAAAGUUGAAUGAGAUUAUUAAUAUCACCCUGUCUGUGUGAUCCCUGAUGUUUUUCUUGUGUAAUAAUGCAGCAGAUAAGAUCAACUGCGUGCAGCAAGUGAUUUUAAUGAAUCACAAUUUGGUGGAAAUCAGAUGAUGGUAACUUGACUCACUUUCUGAUCUUUUAACACAAUCUCCACCUCUGAUCUGUGAGCAAAAGGAAAAGUAAACCAAAGCAGAAGCAGGUUAAGCAGGGUUUCUUAUUGCAAGACGUGGAGAGUGUCUGAGAUUAGAUUAUGUAAGAUUAGAUAAAGAAUGAUGAACAAAUAAAAAUUCUUUGUAUUAAAUGAUGCAGUGUGUUUUGGAUUUCGGAAUGAGCAGGUAGACAAGUGCAGGCAGAUGGUUCUGGUGUGGUUCCAGUUCCUCCCUCAGAGUUUCCUGCUGGUGCUGUCACUGGAGUUGUUGUAGGACUGCUGCUCCUUUUUAACCAGGAAUAUUAAUCAUCUGUGCUUUAACCUGUUAUUCUUCUUUAAUAAUAGCACUUUGCUUUAAGAGAACACUUUCUCUGAGCUGCUGUUAAGUUCACCUAAUUUUUGUUUUUAUUUUAUGUCCCUGCUUUUAGGACCAUAUUUUUUUAGAUGAAGUUUAAAUUUUCUGUCUCUGAUUAAUUAAAUUCUGAUGGAAAUGAUGAAUGAAAUAGUUCAAUGCCUAUUUGUUCAUUUUUGGGACAAUAUUGUAUGUUACCAUCUAGAAUGAUUUAAAUGUGUGUGAUCUUACUGUUAAUAAAGAACCUUUUGAUUGUGUUAUCAAAUGCA